AUGCCUACCGGACACGUCGACAACGCGAUUGGCAUCGCCAAUUUGCCGAACCAGAGGCAUAAGAUCGUGGCCAAAAGGUUUGUGUUUUGCUCCUUUGUAUCCACGUAAGCUUCGUCAGUUGGCGGGAAGCUAAUUAGCUCCCCCCCUUGUGCUACAGAGGUGCCGCUUUCACCAUAAUGGUUGUUGGGGAGAGUGGCCUCGGAAAGACCACUUUCGUGAACACAUUGUUUAGCACUACUAUCAAGAACUAUGCUGAACACCGCCUCCGUCACAAGAAGCAGAUGGACAAGACUGUAUGUGCAAUCACGUUCGACAUCGGGGCAUCUGAUACUAAUGUUCCCCCCAGGUCGAGAUUGCUAUUACCAAAGCUGAGCUCGAAGAGAAGUUCUUCAAAGGUUUGCUAAGAGAUGUGAAUCCGGGUCUGAUACUAGUUGCUAAUUUUCAAAACCACAGUCCGCCUCACCGUCAUCGACACGCCCGGCUUCGGAGACUAUGUCAACAACCGCGAUUCGUGGAUGCCCAUCAUUGAGUUCCUGGAUGACCAACAUGAAUCUUACAUGCUUCAGGAGCAACAGCCCCGCCGUACCGACAAGAUUGAUCUUCGUGUUCAUGCCUGUCUCUACUUCAUCAGGCCCACUGGUCACACCUUGAAGCCCCUGGAUAUCGAGGUUAUGAAGAGGUUGUCCUCGCGUGUCAACUUGAUCCCGGUCGUUGCCAAGGCUGAUACACUCUCCCCUGCCGACCUGACAACCUUCAAGCAGAGGGUAAAAUCGAGCCAAAACAUGACAUUGAAGCUUGGGGGAGAUUGCUAAUAUUGUUAUAGAUCCGAGCUGUCAUCGAGGCGCAGGGUAUCAAGAUUUACCAACCGCCAAUUGAAGAGGAUGACGAGGCUGCCGCGCUCCACGCUCGUAGCUUAAUGGUAGGCCCCUAUCCUGUCAAUUGCCAAUUGUUCACGCGAUAGCUUUUCUGAUUACUAUUUUAUAGGCCGCUAUGCCGUUCGCUGUCAUCGGGAGUGAGAAGGAUGUAAAGACUGCUGAUGGCCGUGUUGUCAAGGGCCGGCAAUACUCAUGGGGUGUAGCUGAAGUUGAGAAUGAGGACCAUUGCGAUUUCAAGAAGUUACGCAGCAUUCUCAUCCGUACCCACAUGCUCGACUUGAUUCACACAACCGAGGAACAGCACUAUGAGGCGUACCGUGCGCAGCAAAUGGAGACUCGCAAGAUGGGAGAGGCCCGUCCCCGGAAGUUGGAUAACCCCAAGUUCAAGGAGGAGGAAGAGAACCUCAGGAAACGAUUCACCGAGCAAGUCAAGAAGGAGGAGUCUAGGUUCAGACAAUGGGAGCAGAAGCUCAUUUCGGAACGCGAUCGUCUUAACAAGGAUCUGGAGAGCACACACGCUGCGUAUGUUUGCCCCCUGACGAAAUUAUUGCCUCGGGUUCGUGCGCUAAUGAUAUUACGAAUCGCAGUAUUAAGCAGCUGGAAAUGGAAUUGGAGGGUAUGCAGGGUAGUGUUGCUAGAAGCCAUGGCAGACGUUAAAGUGCUGUAUUAUGUUUGAAUAAGCAGUGUGGAGUGAGAGGCGAAACGGCAUGCUAAAAAGCCUGUUUCAAGAUGGGGAUAAUCUUUAACACGGGACAAUCAUUGUUUAUCACACCCACAACAUUUCUCCCACGUUAUACGAUACUAGUUCCUCGUGCUUUUGUCGGCGGAAUUCCCUUGUCUUUUAUAGCUUGUUCACUUUGCCCUGCCCCGCCCCCCCUCCCUUUUUUUUUCUUUUUCCUUCUUUCUCUCUUUUUACUUCUUCAAUCUUAGCUUCCAACUACCUUAUCUGUUUGUAGUUCUCCCAAUUUCAGAGCUCUCUUUCUCUCUCCCCCUUUCUCCCUCUCCGACGCACAUUCUAGCUACUGCCUUUUCCCCUGGUUUUUCAUACCACCUCUACAAUGUCUUGUCCACCGCUGUGAUUUCUCUUUUCUUUUCUUCUUGGAUCAAAAUAAUACUGUGGGGUUGGCUCAUCU